AUGCCUCUCCGCUACGACGCCUCGCCCGACGACGAGGAGCGCCCGUUCCUCCACCCGGACAACGCCAGUUUCCACUCCAAUGACGGCCAUGAUUCGUCCUCGAAGCAGAUCGACUUCGCCCAGGACGACCCCGAGAACCCGCGUGCUUGGCCGAAUCGACAGAAGCUCACGAAUGUCGGCAUCAUCGCCUUGAUGGCCGUUCUCUCGCCGUUGGCGUCGUCGAUGUUCACGCCCGGGAUCAGCCAAAUCGCCCGGGAUUUCAAUGCUAGCGAGCAGGAGGUCAUUGCAACGACGACGGGAUUCGUGAUCAUGCUUGGUCUAGGGCCCUUAAUUCUUGCGCCAUUUUCGGAGACCUUUGGACGGAGACGGGUGUAUAUCGUUUGUUUUUCGGUUUUCACGCUGCUGCAGAUACCUACGGCAUUGAGUCCUAACGUCGCGACGUUGAUCGCGGUGAGGACUAUUAGCGGCUUGUUUGGCAGCGUCGGCAUUGCCAACGGCGGCGGUACAAUCUCCGACAUGUAUCCCUCCUCUCAACGCGCUGGUAUCUUUGGCUGGUAUCUCCUUGGUCCACUCCUCGGCCCGACUCUUGGACCUCUGAUCGGCGGCGUCAUCGUCACUCGCCUGGGCUGGCGCUGGGUAUAUUGGGUUCUUGCCAUCGUUUGCUUCAUCAACACCGCCGUCGGCGUCAUUUGGCUGCGCGAAACCUAUGCGCCCGUACUUCUUGCGCGGCGUAAGAGAGCGCUGCUCGAAAAGCACACUUCUCGAGAUCCUGGCUUCUGGUUCGAGGGCGAGGAUCUCCGACCCCUGCACAUCAAGCUAUUGGCCUCUCUGAAGCGGCCCGUCAGCAUCUUCAUGCAGCCCAUCGUCUUCACCAUGUCGCUAUACCAGGCCAUUAUCUUCGGCACGACUUACAGCAUCUACACCAAUAUGCAAUCCAUCUUCUCCGCUCCCCCCUACAACUUCGACUCCGAGCAAGUCGGCCUGCUCUACCUCGGGCCCGGCAUCGGCUUCCUAACCUCCGUAUGGUUUAUCGUCCCGCGCAUCGACACCGUCUACAACCACCUGACCCGAAAGAACGACGGCGUCUCCAUGCCCGAAUACCGCCUCCCCCUCGCCAAUAUCGGCUCCGUCCUCAUCCCAGUCAGCCUCUUCGGCUUCGCGUGGACCGUCGAGUACAGGCUGCACUUCAUGGUCCCGAUCGUAAUCUCCUUCUUCUACGGCAUCGGCCAGGUCGUGAUCCUGAAUACCGUGCAGAACUACUACAUCGACAGCUUUGAGAAGUACGCGGCCAGCGCGAUCGCGGGCGGGAGCGUUUUUCGCAGUGUCAUGGGUGGCAUCGUGCCGUUGUUCGCGCCCAUGAUGUUUGAGAAGCUGGGUUAUGGCUGGGGGAUUAGUGUUUUUGGACUUCUGACCGUGCUCAUUGCGCCGAGUCCGCUGCUGUUCUGGCGCUAUGGGCCGGCGUUGAGGAAGAGGUUUCAACUUAAGGUGUGA